AUGGAUGUGCACAUGGUGAAAGGGCUGUUGGAAACCAUCCAAAAUGCUAUGGUUUUAAAUAAGCGGUACGACAACGUAGCGGCGACAAUUUUCGACCCGGACAAAAGCAACAACGGAGCAGCUGCCUGGUGCGAAAGCUUCGAUAAGUUGGGAGAUGAGUUAAAAUGGUGCAGCUUUGAGAAGGUUGCAAAAGCGGUAAGGCCCUUCGGAGCUCUGUAUUAUCCUAGUUUGACACGUGGAAAUCUGAGACGAAAGGAUGAAAGGAGGAUGAGAUGA